CAUCCCCACCCUCCGGCCCUGGGCAGUGUUGACCCCUGUGCCCACGAUGGGCUGCUGGUACCAGGCUGGCACCUACUCUGUGGGGCGGGAGGAGGCGCUGUGACACCCACUCUGUCUCACUGUUGUGUGGACUUGUGCAAAUCUCCCCAUACUUUUGGGCCUCACUUUUCCCUUCUGGAAACUGGGUGUGAUGGACUGAAAUUCUUUCAGCUUCUACGGGAAAGUGACAGAAGGUGGCGAUUGAGAACACAGAUCCUGGUAUCAGAUUCUUUCCUGAAAUAACUGUGACACUGGGCAAAUCUAUUCUCUUUGGGCCUCAGUUCCCUCAUCUAGACAAUGGGUUUAUGGCCCUCUACCUCCUAGGGCUGGAUUUUGGAAUGGACACAGCACUGUCUUCAGCAAGCCCCCCCUUACCAUGAGGACAACUGCUACCUUUAUUGACAGCCAGACAUGAUGGUUUUAUGUUACCUUUCAUUCCUUCCAUUUUUUAAUAGCAGGGUAUCUUAGCUAUAGAAGAAUAUCAUACGUGGAGAGCUCACAGAACUAUCCUUUUUGUAGUUGUCCACAGUCCUGCUCGGUGGACUCCCUCCUCAUUUGCAGAGGAGGGAAUGAAGGCUCAGGAAAGUGAAGGAACUUGCCCAGGACCAUACAGCUGGCCCAGAUUCUCACUCUCAUGUCACCUUGAGCUUCCUGGCAUGUGACAGGCAGGCGAGAAUCAGGUUUUGGCAGUCCAUGCUGGAAAUGUUCAGAGAAGGGAAGAAGUAAAGGGGGCCGGGGGAGUCAGGGAAGGCUGCCUGGAGGAGGAAGCAUGGGCCUUGGGAUGGAGAAGAUGUGAUACUAUCCAGAGGGCUGGACCUGAGGAAGGGUCUGGAGGAUGGGCCCAGUAUGGGUUGUUGAAGGACCACUGAGGAAGGUGCAUGAGGCAGGUAGAGGCCUUUGGCUGGGUAAGUGGCAGGACAGGUCUGAGGAGUCCUGGGGAAGGGAGGCGUGUGCCAAGGCUGCUGGCUUCUUUCUGGAAGCCUUUGGGCUCAGCCUGGAAGGCAUCACCUGCCCUCAUCCCAGGCCCUGUCAGCAGAUGCUCCGGCACCCAUGGUGCCUCUCCUCAGACACCCCCACCAGGACACACGGCCAGGUGGGGGUCCUGUACAGGCUGAGGUGUGUCUGUCUCUCUGGCCACAAGACAGAAGACAGCCAGCUCCCUAAAGCCCAAGCCCGUUUAGAUGUGCAUUUCCCUGAUGAUUAGUGAUGUCAGGCACCUUUUCUCAUGCCUGUUGGCCACCUGUAGGUCUUGUGAGAAAUGCCUAUUCAGUUCCUUUGCCCAUUUUUUAAUCAGUUUUUUGUUUAUUUUGUUCUGCUAUUGAGUUGUAGGUGUUCGUCUAUAUUUUGGAAAUAAGCCCUUACCCAGACAAAUGACUUCUCCCAUUCUGUAGGCUGCCUUCACUCUGUUGGCGGUUCCCUUUGCUGUGUAGAAGCUCUUUAGUUUGGUGCAAUCCCCCUCAUCUAUUUUUGCUUUUGUUGCCUAUGUGUGUCCUUUUCUCUUAUUUCUCCUCCCUGCUGGCUUACAUCUAUCCCUGGGAACAAGCCUGACUGUUCCCUGGACAGAAAGAAGACCCCGAAGGACUCAUGGAGGGCUGCCGGGAGGCCAUCAAAAGGAUUGCCUACGAGUUCAUGGAGAUGAAGGCCAAGGAGGGCGUGGUGUACGUGGAGGUGCGCUACAGCCCACAUCUGCUGGCCAACUCCAAAGUGGAGCCCAUCCCCUGGAACCAGGCCGAAGGGGACGUCACCCCGGAUGAGGUGGUAGCCCUAGUGGACCAGGGCCUGCAGGAGGGAGAGCGAGACUUCGGGGUGAAGGUGCGGUCCAUCCUGUGCUGCAUGCGCCACCAGCCCAGCUGGUCCCCCGAGGUGGUGGAGCUGUGUAAGAAGUACCAGCAGCAGACCGUGGUGGCCAUCGACCUGGCUGGGGAUGAGACCAUCCAAGGCAGCAGCCUCUUCCCAGGACAUGUGCAGGCCUACGAGGAGGCUGUGAAGAGCGGCGUUCACCGCACGGUCCAUGCCGGGGAGGUGGGCUCGGCAGAGGUGGUGAGAGAGGCCGUGGACACGCUCAAGACGGAGAGGCUGGGCCACGGCUACCACACCCUGGAGGACGAGGCCCUUUACAACAGGCUGCGGCAGGAAAACAUGCACUUCGAGGUCUGCCCCUGGUCCAGCUACCUCACCGGCGCCUGGAAGCCGGGCACGGAGCAUGCGGUUGUUCGGUUCAAAAAUGACCAGGUGAACUACUCACUCAACACGGAUGACCCACUCAUCUUCAAGUCUACCCUGGACACAGAUUACCAGAUGACCAAACAGGACAUGGGCUUUACUGAAGAGGAGUUUAAGAGACUGAACAUCAACGCAGCAAAGUCCAGUUUCCUCCCAGAAGAUGAGAAGAACGAGCUUCUUGAGCUGCUCUAUGAAGCCUAUGGGAUGACAUCUCUGGCCUCUGCAGGGCAGCAUGCAUGAAGACAUGGUGGCCAUCUCUCUGAGCCCUCACCCUGUGGAUGGAUACGUCACUACUCUGGGGUCAAGCGACACGCUCCCCUUUACUUCUUUCAGGGAGACCAUGAUUUCCAAAAUCAGCUACUGAUACUCUGAAGCCUGUGUGCCUAUUUCUGUACACAUGUAUACCUCAGCAGGACCAGGUCCCUCCUCCGAUUGUGCUCCCAGGCCUGGAUCAGGGCCUGGGUCUGGGGUUGGUUGAAUCUGAAUCUCUCUCCUGUGAUGACUUAUGAUGAAAAUCUGGUGCUCAAUAAAGAAGCCAAUGGCUGGGGUCGUGCAGCA